ACUAUCUAACCUUCUGGGCCAAGUCCAUUCAUCAAUACAGCAGUGAAAAGGCUCCUGUAUUACUGGUGGGCACUCAUGCUGAACAAAAGACAAAAGAGGAGAAAGAAAAGUUUUUCCGUGAGAUAUGGACAAGACUGGACACAAAGGAUGCGUCUCUGCAAAACCAUAUUGACAGGAAAAGAAUGUUUGCUAUUGGAUUCCAUGAGAAUGAAGGCAUUGAAAAAAUCAAGCUGUCCGUUGUUGAUGUUGUCCAAAGACUUGAUCACUGGGGUGAAAAACUUCCAUACUCCUGGGCUUUGUUUGAAAAAUUCUUUCAAGAAAAGAAAAAUCUUAGAAUCAUCAGCAAAGAAGCACUUUUGGCUUUUAAUGAAGCAUUGCCACAAGAACUGAAGUUAGAAAAAGACGAAGAUAUUAAAACCAUGCUGCAGUUUUUCCAUGACAUCAGAGAAAUUUUACACUUUGACCAAGAAUCUCUGACUGGAAUAAUAAUUCUUGAUGUUCAAUGGUUUGCUGAUGCAUUCAAAAAUGUCAUUACUGAUAAAAACCAUGCAGCAGAGGAUUUAUUUAAGCUUGCCUCACAAUGGGACAAAUUUAAUGAAACUGGAGAACUGGGUGACACACUGCUGUCUGCGAUAUGGGAAAUGAACAAGAACGGAUACCUAGAACGCAAAGAAGAUAUCAUGCGCUACAUGGAAAAGCUAGGACUCUUGGCUAAAAUGGAAGACAACAGUUGGUAUGUUCCCUGUAUGAACAAAAGACCAUUUCCUGUACGCAGUUUUUCAUCACACCCUGCCUCGUCCAUCCUAUGCUACAUGUUUGAUUUUCUACCUGCUGGAAUUUUUCAGCGUCUUGUUGCUAGUUGCGUGCAAUUUCCAUGGAAAAUUGUCAAAGUAAAUGAAGACGGAAGAGCACGACCAUGCAUUUACCAGACAGCAGCAGUGUUUCUGUUUGAGAAACACUGUGUUCUGCUUGGAAUGACCCAAUCAGAAAUUCAGUUGCAGGUGUACGUAGUUGAAGGAGAAGUGGAAAUAACAACAUGUAUCAAGAUAAGAAAGAAGAUUGAAGAUGAAUUGGACACUCUGUCCAGCACAUUUCAAAGAAACUUGAAAUUCCAAAUUGGCUUUAAAUGCAAACCUAUUGGCUUUUGUGACAGUAAAAAAAGUCACGUGAUCAAGGAAUCUGAGCUAACAGAGCCGACUCUUCUGUGCCCUUCCUGUCCUGUGGAGAAAAAACACAAUAUUGACACGACAGAAAUCCUUGAAUACUGGAAAGAGAUGAAGGUAAGCACUUCCACGACUCCAAUUGCCUCAGGACAAGACUUGGGGGACCAAACUAGAUUUGCAAAACUCGGAAUGGCAACAAAUGAUGUGUUGAAUCAGGCAUACAAAGACAUACUGGAGAUGGAGGUACAACCUUCCGACAUUGAAAACACUGUCAAAGUGUCACCAGUUUAUAAAAGAUUACGUCCAGAACAAGAGCAUCUCUUGCAGGAUGCUAAAAAUUCUGGAUAUAAAAAUUUUGAUAUCUCAUUAACAUACACAUUGAUCAGAAACAUUUGUAAAAAAGUUCCUAAACCAACGAAACGAAAAUGGGGAGACGAGCCUGCAGCAGGAGAAGUGACCGUGGGUGAUGAUGUCGAGAGAAUUAGGUCAAUCCGGAAUGGUUUGACUGCACAUGUUAGCUCAGCCUCCAUAUCAAAGUCAGAAUUCCAGAAAACCUGGUCCAUUAUCUCAGAUAUCUGCCAAAGAUUGGAAACUCAUACGGGAAAGAAGUAUUUGGAUGACCUCAAUAAAAUCCAAAAAAUGACCUUGAGAAUGGAAGAUGAAAAUGCCAUUAUAGAAAAAAUCAAAUUGGAAAGUCUGCAUAAAAUGGUGAAAAAAUUGUGUUUAGAAAUAGAAGAUGUGAAAGCAGCAGUAGAAAAGCCUUGAAAUAAAGCACAAGUCGAAUUAAGAGUGUAAAUCUGAACUUUUUCUUUGAAACAAGAAAAGUAAAAUGUGUAUUGUUUUAUAUUAACUAAAGUAGUGAUAUUCCAGUUCAAAAUUAUUGGGUUUUUUUUUCUAAUAAUAGAUCUGAUUUUUGAUAGACUUGAUUGGUUUCAAAUUUAAAAAACAACUGAUUAUGAAUUUGUAAAUGUUUUUUCUGUGACUUUAGAAAGACAACUAAAUAUGUAACACUGAGAGGUCAUAUUACAUGUAUGUCAAAGAAAAUAUUUGGAACAUGAAUUGUUUAAAUACACAGUGAAUAUAUUGAAACUUAAUUGUAUGUAUGAAUCAAAAUUUAUCUGUGUAUGUAUCAGAUUAAGUUAUAGUGGAUGUUAUGAAUCUGCUACUGUCUCAU